AUGCCGGCCUAUUUCCAACGCCCGGAGAACGCCCUAAAGCGGGCCAACGAGUUCCUGGAAGUCGGGAAGAAGCAGCCAGCAUUGGACGUUUUGUACGACGUGAUAAAGAGUAAGAAGCACCGAACAUGGCAGAAGAUCCACGAGCCAAUCAUGCUGAAGUACCUGGAGCUGUGUGUGGACCUCCGCAAGAGCCACCUGGCCAAGGAGGGCCUCUACCAGUACAAGAACAUCUGCCAGCAGGUUAACAUAAAGUCCCUGGAAGAUGUGGUUCGGGCCUACCUCAAGUUGGCGGAGGAAAGAACUGAGGCUGCUAAGGAGUCCUCACAGCAAAUGGUUUUGGAUAUUGAGGAUCUGGAUAACAUUCAGACCCCAGAGAGUGUCCUCCUGAGUGCGGUGAGUGGGGAAGACACUCAAGACCGGACUGACCGGCUGCUUCUUACACCAUGGGUGAAGUUUCUCUGGGAAUCAUACAGACAAUGUCUGGAUCUUCUACGAAACAACUCCAAGGUGGAGCGUCUGUAUCAUGACAUCGCUCAGCAAGCCUUCAAGUUUUGCCUUCUCUACACCAGGAAGGCUGAGUUUCGGAAGCUGUGUGACAAUUUGAGGAUGCAUUUGGGUCAAAUUCAGCGCCAUCACAAUCAGAGCACCGCCAUCAAUCUGAACAAUCCAGAAAGUCAGUCCAUGCACCUGGAGACCCGGCUGGUCCAGCUGGACAGUGCCAUCAGCAUGGAGCUUUGGCAGGAAGCCUUUAAAGCCGUUGAGGAUAUUCACGGUCUGUUCGCCUUGUCUAAGAAGCCACCAAAGCCUCAGCUGAUGGCAAAUUACUACAACAAGGUCUCCACAGUGUUCUGGAAGUCGGGCAACACCUUGUUUCAUGCGUCCACCCUACAUCGCCUUUACCAUCUAUCCAGAGAGAUGAGGAAGAAUCUGACCCAGGAGGAGAUGCAGAGGAUGUCCACCAGAGUCCUACUGGCCACGCUUUCCAUUCCCAUAACCCCGGAACGCACAGAUAUUGCCCGCCUUCUGGACAUGGAUGGCAUUAUUGUGGAGAAGCAGAGACGCUUGGCUACCUUGCUGGGGCUGCAAUCGCCACCCAAUCGAGUCGGCCUUAUUAAUGACAUGGUCCGGUUUAAUGUGCUCCAGUAUGUGGUUCCAGAAGUGAAGGAGCUGUACAACUGGCUGGAAAUGGAAUUUCACCCUCUAAAGCUUUGUACCCGUGUUACUAAGGUCCUGGACUGGGUGAAGGAACAGGCCGAGAAGGAGCCAGAACUUCAGCAGUACGUUCCACAACUACAGAACAACACUAUUCUCCGUCUGCUGCAGCAGGUGGCUCAGAUAUAUCAGAGCAUCGAGUUCUCCCGUCUUACCACGCUGGUCCCUUUCGUUGAUGCCUUUAUGCUGGAAAGAGCCAUUGUUGAUGCCGCUCGUCACUGUGAUCUUCAGGUUCGGAUAGAUCACACAUCGCGUACCCUGAGCUUUGGUUCAGACCUGAAUUACUCUGCGCGGGAGGACGCCCCCAGUGGGACCUUUCCUGCAGAACAUGCCCUCUGAACAGAUUCGAAAUCAACUGACGGCCAUGUCCUCUGUGUUAUCCAAGGCGGUGUCUGCCAUUAAGCCUGCCCAUAUAUUGCAAGAAAAGGAGGAGCAGCAACAGGUGGCCAUAACGGCUUUCCUGAAGAACUCAAGAAAGGAACACCAGCGCAUCCUGGCUCGUCGGCAGACUAUUGAAGAGCGCAAAGAGCGUCUGGAGAAUCUAAAUAUCCAGAGAGAGAAAGAAGAGCUAGAGCAGAAAGAGGCUGAAAUGCAGAAAGUGCGUAAGGCGGAGGAGGAGAGAGACUGCGUCAAGAGGCCAAAGAGCGUGAAAAGGAACGAAUCCUGCAGGAACAUGAGCAGAUCAAGAAGAAGACUGUGCGUGAGCGACUUGAGCAGAUCAAGAAAACGGAACUGGGAGCCAAAGCUUUCAAGGACAUCGAUAUAGAGAACCUGGAGGAGCUGGAUCCAGACUUCAUAAUGGCCAAACAAGUGGAGCAGCUAGAAAAGGAGAAAAAAGAACUACAGGAGCGCCUGAAGAACCAGGAGAAGAAGAUCGACUAUUUUGAGAGAGCCAAACGGCUGGAAGAAAUUCCUCCUAUUAAGAAGGCCUAUGAGGAGCAGAGGAUCAGCGACAUGGAGCUGUGGGAGCAGCAGGAGGCAGAACGGAUUAAGAAUCUGUUGCUGGAGCGGGAGAAGGCAGUGGAGCACAAGAAUAGGAUGUCCAGGAUGUUGGAAGAUCAAGAUCUCUUUGUAUCCAAACUGAAGGCUGCCCGUCUCUCGGUGUAUGAGGAGAAACUCAAACAGUUCCAGGAUCGACUAGCUGAGGAAAGAAAAGCUCGCUUGGAGGAGCGCAAGAGGCAACGCAAGGAAGAGAGGCGUACUGCCUAUUACAGGGAUAAGGAGGAAGAGGAGCAAAUGAAGCAAGAAGAACAGAUAAAGAAAGAGCGAGAGGAAAGAGAUCGGAUUGAAAAUGAAAAGAGAGAAGCCGAGGAAAAAGAAUACCAAGAACGCAUUAAGAAACUAGAGGAACAAGAACGCAAGAAACGGCAGAGAGAACUAGAGAUCGAGGAGCGAGAGCGUCGUCGGGAGGAGGAACGACGUGGGGGUGAUGACUCCUUUAGGAAGGAAUCACGCUGGGGUGAAAGGGAGGCUGACAGUGGCUGGAGACGUGGAGAGACUACAGAUGAACGCAAAGCACCUGAAAGAGAAUGGCGUCGGGGAGGACAAGAUCCUGAAAAGCCAGCCAAAAUAGAGUCUGAAGAUAUUCCAGAUGACGAUGCACAUGUUGGAAAGGAAGCAGAGUCCAACACAGAUGAAGAAGAUAACACACCUGUUCGUCGUGGCCUGAAUGAAGAUAGACCCCCCAAGCCUGAUUUAGAUGAGGAAAGGACAUCAUGGCGUGGUGCAGAAGAGGAUCGUGGACCUAGAAGGGGCUUUGAGGAGGACAGAGGGCCCAGGAGAGGGUUGGAAGAGGAUAGGGGCCCUAGGAGAGGCUUUGAGGAGGAUAGGGGCCCAAGGAGAGGAUUUGAUGAUGAUCGUGGCCCCAGAAGAGGGUUUGAUGAAGAUAGGGGUCCCCGGAGAGGAUUUGAUGACGACAGAGGACCUCGCAGAGGUUUUGAUGAAGACCGAGGACCCCGGAGAGGUUUUGAUGAUGACCGAGGACCUCGCAGAGGUUUUGAUGAAGACCGAGCACCUCGCAGAGGUUUUGAUGAAGACCGUGGACCUCGCAGAGGUUUUGAUGAUGACAGGGGACCCCGCAGAGGCUUUGAUGAUGACAGGGGACCCCGCAGAGGUUUUGAUGAUGACAGGGGACCCCGCAGAGGCUUUGAUGAUGACAGGGGACCCCGCAGAGGCUUUGAUGAUGACAGGGGACCCCGCAGAGGUUUUGACGAUGACAGGGGACCCCGCAGAGGUUUUGAAGAUGAUCGUGGCCCUCGCAGGGGUUUUGAUGAUGAUCGUACUCCCAGAAGAGGCUUUGAAGAUGACCGUGGCCCUAGGAGGGGAUUUGAAGAUGACCGUGGCCCUAGAAGAGGAUUUGAUGAUGAUCGGGGUGCACGCCGUGGAUUUGAUGAAGACCGUGGCCCACGUCGUGUUUUGGAUGAUGACCGUGGGUCUUGGAGAAGUGCUGAAGAUGACAGGGGGCCCAAGCUUGGAGCUGACGAUGAUAGAGGACCAAGGCGUGGUGGUGAUGACGAAGGAGGACAAACUCCCUGGAAGCCUUAUGCUGCCAAUCGGCCAGGUGGCUGGAGGGAGCGAGAGAAAGCUCGGGAAGACAGUUGGGGCCCUCCAAGGGAAUCUAAGGCUUCUGAAGAUCAGGAGUGGUCCAGAGAUGAUGAUGACCCAGACUCCGAGCAAGAAAAGCUCCCCCCUGUCAGAGAUGAGCCUAACUGGAGGCGCGGAGGCGAAGAGGCCUUCCCUUCCAGAAAAGACCAGAGUAGAGAAGAAAAUCAAGAUAAAAAGGAUGACCGGCGACGUCCUAUAAAAUCUGACAGAGAUGAACCGAGUCCGUGGAGAAGAACUGAAGACAAAGAAGAGCGUAGUACUCCGAUACGAGCCUCUCCAGGAGAAAAAGAGAAACCAUCAUGGCGAGCAGAAAAAAGGGACGAAAAAGACGCAUCUCGCCGUACCAAAAAUGAGAUAGAUGAGGAUGGCUGGACAACCGUACGCCGCUAG